AUGUUGGCACAUUCGAGGGAUGUGGUUAUGAAUAAAUUUGUCGAAAAUGAGGUUCCUCGUGAAAUUACAAAUGAUAUCAAAGGAGUGAUUAAAGGAGUAUGGCCAACGUGGAAAAAGGUGCCUAAUGAUAUUAAAGAUUUACUUUGGGAAAAUUUUAAGUUGAGAUAUAAUUGGGAUAAUUUUACCGACAGAGAAAUGAAAAAGGUAUGGAAUGAAAAUUCAAGUGAGAGAUACAGGGCAUCCAUUCAUUUGGCUAAGAAAGCAGCAUUAUCAUCUGCACAAGAAGAUUUAGGAAGGAAACCAGACAUAUUAGAUAUGAUAGGUAGAGGACCUGAUUGGAUGGAAGCUAAUAUAUGGAAUGACUUGGUUAAAAUUCAUUGGAAUAAAGAAGAUCACAAGAUCAAAUGUGAAAUUGCACGGCAGAAUAAAAUGACAGCGAAGGAUGGGUCUACUACCAAACAUACUGGGGGUUCAAUUUCUUUUGGAGCACACCGUGAGAGAAUGGUAAACCUCCUUUUCUAA